AUGAGUAUUUCGUUGAAUGAGGCUCUGGAAGUUGGAGGGGGAGGAGACGAGGGUGGUGAGCAGCGGGAUGGCAGGGGAUAUAUGCAUACGCCGAAGGAGAAGCAGAUGGAUGAGGGCGCGGAGCGGGUGUCUGAGAGGGGGAAGACGAGGUUUGAUAUGUAUAUAGCUAUCAACGAGUAUUCGAAGCGGAUGGAGGACGAGUUGGAUAUGAAGCCGGGAGAUAAGAUCGAGGCGAUUACUGAUGAUCAGGAGUAUAAUGAUGGGUGGUAUUAUGGGCGGAAUCUAAGGACGGGGGAGGAAGGGUUGUAUCCGAAGCUGUUUACGCAGGUGAUAUCCAUCGGGCGGUCGACGCCGAACAUUAUGAGGGCCAAAUCCACGAAGCGGGUACAUAGCCCUCUUUCUAGUGGGGAGGGUGCGGGGGGUUAUGCGGGGGUUCCCAAGAAAGACUCUGGUAGUGAGCUUCCAACGCCGCAGACAUUGGAGACAGCAGCUACUAUACGGUUUCCGCCAAAGAUUUCUGUUAAUGGGGGGGAGGCUAGGGUGAUUUCUGUCAAGAGCACGAUGAGCGACAUUGAUAAGGCGCUUGAGGAGUUGAGGGGAGAGUCUAUGAGCACGGCGCACUUUUCUGAUGAGGCUUCUGAGCUGUCGAAGAUACCAACUAGUGGCAAUACCACGAUUAAUAACUACGUUAAUUCGUCGUCUCCUUCUUCCAACGACAUUACUACGAUUAAUAAUACUGGAACCUCAAACGGGUUGGAAUUGAACCCAGCUGAUGCGGCUUAUUGGAACCCGGAACAGGUGACUGCGUACCUAACGUCCACUGGGUUUGAUAAAGUGUCCGCCACGAAGUUCCAAGAACACAAGAUAUCUGGUGCCAUAUUGUUAGAGUUAGAGCUGACACACUUAAAAGAACUGGAUAUAAGUUCAUUUGGUACCCGGUUUGAAAUUUUUAAAGAAAUCGAGGCGAUCAAAGAGAUUGUUGCUAAAAAUCAGACACACUCUAAUCGCCGAAUGACUGAGAAGGCUAGGAAGGGCGCUGCUAAGCUGAUGCCUGCGGUGCCAGUAAGUCAGGAAUCUGCUGGCGAGAUAGUGGGCCGCCGUGAAAAAUCUCAUGUGGAGGAGAAAAAUAAAUCAGGCAAGGUUACACCAAUACUGCCUAAAACUUCCACUACUCCAAAAAUACCUGCAUCGGUGGUUUUCUCAUUGGAGGACACUCCGUUGGAUGAGACCUUUAUGUCUCCUCGUAAAGCGCCAAUACCACCCUCUUAUCCUUCACCGGUACAACCACCGCUGUCCCCCGCUGUGAGUAGAAUUAAGUUCUCCCCUAGUACAUCUUCAUUCCAGCAACAGCAACGUAAUCCUCAUCCCGUAAUAUACGAGCAGGCACCGUAUCCAGUUAAUUCUCCUGUUGCACACAAUUCUAAAGCAAGGAGAAAUCCAGGACAACAAACACAAGAAUUACAGAGUUCAGUCAGCCCUCCAAGUAAUACAGAACUGCCUAAUCCAUACGUUACUGUCUCCCCGCAGAAUCAGAACGCAGAGAAUAUGGCCAUGAAUAAUGAGCUCGCACAGGCAAUCGUCAAACAUAGAAAAAAUAAGUCUGGAGGGUCCUUUGUUGAAUUAUUUAACAGAAUUUCUAUGCUGUCAUCUCCUACCGAUUAUGAAAUAUUUGGUGUCCCGGAUAGUCUAGCUGUGCCACCACCGCAACCAGGAAGGCCAACAUCUAGUAUCUAUGCUCACUCAAGGAAUACCUCAGGUACUAAUCAUACUCGCUCCAGUAUUUUAGACGAGAAGGACAGUGGUAGUAAACAGCACAGAAGGAAUUCCUUAAUGUUAGGCUACUUGACUAGAGACAGGGAUGCACUUUCACCUGUACAACCAGAAAUUUCAAAAAAUAACUCUCUGUCGAGUUUGAGAGUCGACACAAACAGAUCUGGGUCGCAGUUUGCAAGCACCACAUCUCUUGUGCUUCAAAAAUCGCCGGCACCGCUCAGAAGGCCGUCUUUAUAUUCUCCACUUCGGCCAUCAGCAACCGAUCUAGCUUCAGAGCCGUUGCCAAACAAUGACGAAAGAAGAAGGUCAGUUAGUGCGAGGGAACAUAUAUCUCCUACGGCGGCUCAAGAUGUACGCGAUGAGCUCUCCAGCAACAAUUCAUUAUCUACAGAUAAAAGUGGUAGUAAGAAUUCCAAGCGCUCGGUAAGUGACGCUGUAAAAGCUAAAAGGCGUCUUAAUUCUAACAAAGUUGUUUCCAAAAAACAAACUUCUGCUUUUACAGAAGGUAUUCGAGCAAUUACCGUUUCCGACGCUACUAGAGAUGCGGAAUGUUCUGGUUGGAUGAGCAAGAAGGGGGCAGGCACUAUGGGUGUCUGGAAAAAUAGAUUUUUCGUCUUACAUGGUACAAGGUUGUCAUACUUUGCGAAUGCCAAUGAUAAUAGAGAGCGUGGAUUGAUUGAUAUAACUUCUCACAGGGUGUUACCUGCGAAAGAAGAUGAUAAGUUUGUUGCACUAUAUGCAGCAAGUGUUGGGAAAGGUCGUUAUUGCUUCAAAUUAGUUCCUCCUGCCCCAGGUUCGAAAAAAGGCCUAACAUUUACACAACCCCGUGUGCACUAUUUUGCUGUGGAAACGAGGGAAGAAAUGAGAACAUGGAUGGCUGCGUUAAUGAAAGCAACGAUUGACAUCGAUAAUACAGUUCCUGUGAUCAGUUCGUGUGCAACUCCAACGGUUUCCUUGUCUCGUGCUCAAGAAAUGUUUGCCCAGGCGUUGGAGGAAACUUACAAGAGAGAUGAGAAAAUGUUAAAUCAGGAAGACUCUGAAGAGUUGUAUUGGGACCAACAUCACAAACAAGAGGGCGAUGACACAUUAAACGGUACAGCCUCCACAAGUUCUUUACAGAAUAACAGCGCUAGUAAUGUUUUAGCAACUCCGGGAUUACCUAGCCCAUUUGCGGGGAUAGACUCUCCUACGGGGUCCUCUGGUACGACAAAACAUUCACAGCAAUGUGGGUUUAGUUUUGAGAAUCCAUCUGCGGGCAAUAGUCAUGGUCCUGAAUAUUUUGGUUUGGAUCCAAAGUAUAUGGGUGAUAAGAUUUGA